UGUGUAGAGCAGGUCCUUGAGGGUUCAAGUACGCCGCUAGCCUGGCAGCGGGCGCAUUCCUGAGCACCACCUCGAGCAUCGGGUGAUCAUGGCGGCCGGUUGCUAGCAUGGCCCGAGGCAAGCAAGUAGUGUGGGUCUUGCCCUACAUUGAGUGGUGCGACAGAUCGCUCGCGCCUCGAGAAGUGACUGCGCAAGGUCAGCCUACCAUUGCCACUUGCAAACCGCGGGCACGGGGUUGGGCUCGCUAUUGCCGCACUACGGGCCCGCACAGCCGGAUCAUCACCCUCCAUCAGCUCGGGCGGCUACUCGCAAACUCUCAAAAUGGCUAGGCGGUGUCGCUGCCAUCGGCUGGGCCGCGGUAUGCCGUUCAGCAUCGAGAUAUUGCGGAGCAAAGGGAGCGAGGCUUGUGCG